AUGUCGUCCUCCUCGUCAACUACUACGACAGACAAGAUAAUAGAAAAGCUCCCGUCAGCCAAGGACUUGGAGCAAGAUGUCGCUGUCGCCGCGAAGAAGUCGUUUUCGAGCUUACGAGACUUCGCGGCUGGUGGUGUGGGAGGUAUCUUCGCCGUCGUAGUGGGACAUCCGUUCGAUCUGGUCAAGGUGCGGUUACAAACGGCGGAAAAGGGUGUGUACACUGGUGCUAUGGAUGUGGUGCGGAAGACAAUUGCACGAGAAGGUGCAAUGAGAGGCUACGGUGUAGGCAAACAACUCGUCGAAUCGUUCAGCAUUGUCAAAGAUGGCCAGUACUCGGUCGGCCAAGUCUCAGCAGCCGGAUUCUUCUCCGCCAUACCCAUGACAGUCAUCACAGCACCUUUCGAACGAGUAAAGAUCAUUCUGCAAAUACAGGGGCAGAAGCAACUAGCUCCGGGUGAGAAGCCAAAGUACAGUGGCGGUACUGAUGUCGUCCGACAACUUUACAAGGAAGGUGGCAUCCGAUCAGUAUACCGUGGAUCUCUCAUGACACUCGCACGCGAUGGACCUGGGUCAGCAGCAUACUUUGCGACAUAUGAAGUGAUCAAGCGACGGCUAACGCCCAAGGAUGCAGAUGGAAAGCCAGGAAAGCUGAGCCUGACUGCAGUAUGUGCGGCCGGCGGUGCGGCUGGUGUAGCGAUGUGGAUCCCUGUCUUCCCCGUCGACACCAUCAAGAGCCGGCUGCAGUCAGCAGAGGGAAAUGCGAGCAUAAUGGGCACCGUAAGACAGCUGUACGGCAAUGGUGGCUUCAAGGCUUUUUUCCCCGGGAUGGGACCGGCGAUGGCGAGAGCUGUCCCCGCCAACGCGGCUUGCUUCCUUGGCGUCGAAUUGGCCCAUCAAGCCAUGAAUAAGACCUUUGGAUAG